UCCUUUAAAUACUGUGAUUGUCAUGAUAGCCUUUGAAGAGUGGUGGUAAGUUCUCUCUGCAGGAGAACCAGGGACCUAAGGAAGCUGAGGUGGCAACAAUAUUAGUAGAAACCAAUCUAAUACUCAACAUCAAGAAAGAGAAGAAGGUCCAUACUGAAAAUUACUAUCCUGAAUGGCUGCUCUUAGGAGAAAGCUAACUGUAGUCGGAGAUGACCGCUGUGGUAAGACAUGCUCCCUCUUUGCUCUGCGUCACGAACAGCUUCCCAAGUCCUGUGAGCCAACCCUGUUCGAUGCUUACACCACUGACAUAGAAGUAGACAGGAAGGAGAUGAAACUAAUUCUUUUCAAUGUGGCAGGGAAGAAUGAAUUCAGUUACCAAAAUCUCCGCUCAGUGUUCUACAAGGACACCGACGUUAUUUUAAUGUGCUUCUCCGUGGACAGGCCUGACUGACAGCAAAACAUCCUUGAUUUUUGGGUUCCAGAAAUUGAACUCUUCUGCUCCAGAGUACCUAUUAUGCUGGUGGCUACCAAGACAGAACUAAGGAGUGAUGAAGGUAUGAAGAAGCAGCUAACUCCAGGCAAAGAGCCAAUUAACACUACAGAAGGAAAAGCUUUAGCUGCCAGCAUUGGGGCAUAUGCUUACCUGGAGUGUUCUGCCAAGACAAAAGAAGGUGUUGAUAUAGCCCUGGAGAUUAUUAGCCAAUGUGCAUUAAAUGAGAAAAGAAGGAGAAAGACGUACUACAGGUGCUGCCAAAUUUUGUAAGAGGAGAGAACAUUAUUUUGUUGUUGGAUUUCAUCAUGUGGAAAGAUAAGUAGAUGUUUUUUGUUGCUGUAGCAUGGAUGCUAUAAGGGCUGCUAUAAGGGCUGCUUUUAUGUUAUAGGACAAAAAAAACCCCUUAUGUCCGCAAAGUGCCACACUGGAAAAGUUAGAUUGGUUUCCUUCUCUACCUCCAAAACAGGCUGAAGACCACAAUUCCAGAUUUGAGUUGAGUACUCAUCUUGAGAAAGGGAAAUGACUAAGCAACAGUUCUCCACAGAGAUUUUUUGAUCAAGGGAGAUACACACAGACUAGGACAGGAACCUAAAGCAGAACUACUGGGACAAGCACAAGAACAUGUUGCUCAGUGAAUCUAAUCCUGGCUUCCUGGUUGCAAGGCUUAGUGGCAAGCAGCUGUGCUGACAAGGGUUCCUAGUAUGCACUCCCUUCCAUACACUUCCUUGAAGGAUGUCCUUAAGGAAGGGAGUCACCACACACAUGCACAGAUGUAUCCAAUAGUCUGCUGUGCUAAUAGCAGUGGGUUUCUCACUGGCAGAACAGGUCUGACUUUCUCUAGGAUUCAUUUGUAGAGCUGGCCUGGGCUUGGUUCCACAAAUGCAUCAGGAAUGCAAUGUGUAGCAUAGGGUACAAUAAAGGCAGUGCUAUCUCCACCUCUUCUUCAGGCACGGGUAAAUUAACUGGGGUAAAACAGCCUAGCUCUGGGGUAGGAUAAUCCAGUUCUUGAUAGAAUUCCUACCUUAAAAGAAGAGAAGUAAAAAGACCAGACUUAAGUUUCUAAACCUCUUUGUCCUUACGGUCUGAAUGUAUCUUAAAUCUUUCUGCCUUUCCUUAGCACAUGCAGACAGAAGACAUGAAGUAAAGGGAAUGCCAACAACCACGCUCUCAGCUUUGCAAGUCAUUAACAAUCUGGAAAGAGACAGAAACAUGUUGUUGACCUAAGCAGAAAAUCUCAGAGAGGCACAGAGAUGGACCAAAAUGGAAAGACUUUGGGUGCAUCUCCAUACUCCUCCCUUCUCUGAAGCACUGAUUGCUGGCAGCCCAAGGAACUGAGUUAUGGACUGACAUUAAAGGUGCAAGUCUGGGAGCAGGCAAAUAAUGUGACUGCAGGAUUUGAAGGCACAUGCUGUAACACAGUAAGUGGACAGAAAAACGUUUUAAGGUAAACUUCUGAUCCUGAAGUAAACGUACAGGGCCAAUUGAGCAUAACUGCCGUGAUUUAAGAGAACAUGGAAGUCUAUCACUUUCUUUUGCUGACUUCCUCAGUGGUGGUUUCAUCAAUCCGGCAGCUUGGUUACAGUUUCCCAGGGGGAAACUAAAUGAGAGUAAACACAAAUUUCUAAACUAACUUUUCCAGGUGAGAGACCUAAUAAAAUACACACUUAAGAUUUUUUCUUACCCAUUCUUCCCAUCAGUAUUUGUCUAUUGAUGAUAUCAUGGGUAGAAAUACUGAGGUUGGACAAGUAUUCAUUAUUGGAGGGGUUGCUGCUUUCCUUCUACAUCACUUUUUAGUAGCAGUUUUGAAGUCCACAAUCACACUGUGGCAUAAUAACAAAUACUUCAAGGAUGACACUUUACAUUUCCAAAAGUACCUUCCUUCCAAGAAUCUCCGAGCACUUUUCAACAUGAAUUACCAACCCACCUCUUGGUGAUAAGUAGGCGUUACUUCCAUUUUCAAAACUGAGAAACUUAAACUGCUGCCUAAAGUGACUGUGAACCAUCUACUUCUUGGAGCUUUCUUUUUCUUGACUUGUUUUCCAUGCCCUUUCCCUUUUCCCUCCUGGACCAUUCUUAACCUCAAUUUCCUCUCUUCUCUGCCUAUAAUAAUCCCCUUGACACAAGCUGGUAUUGUACCCAAACUUUAAAACUAUUCUCCCCAUGCCACUUGCUGUGAGUGUGCGCUGUGCGUUAAGUGCUCUCCCGAUUCAGGUAAUAACAUACUUUAGUGCAUUUCAAAGAGCUGCAUUUAUGUAGAUAGGUUUAAAUUGUUAUUUCCAUUUUAUAUGUGUAUGUGUGGGUGGGGAGGGUUAGACUGCAGAUUAGUUAAAGAACACAAGUGUCUCAGAUGCCUCUGAUGUGGGAUAUUGAAUCUGAGAGAGGCAGUUUUGCAGAGAUGCUAAGCACUUGCUGCUCCCACUACUUGGAAAGUUCAGACCACUUUGGUGAAUCUGAGCUUACGCUGCCUUUUGCUCAGUAGGACACUGCUCAGCCUAUUGAUUGACGUCUGUUUUCAAUCUAAAUAAACAAGUAUUUUUCUCCA